GGCCAUCCAGAAGGCCAGCUGGCACUCGCUUGGUUUCUUGUGCUAUUGGGUUUCCACCCUGCUGGAGCCCAUAGCGCAAGCUCUGCGUGGGCCAUCCAGAAGGCCAGCUGGCACUCGCUUGGUUUCUUGUGCUAUUUCUGAAAACCUCCUCCUUCUCCCUCUUUUCACCCAGCUCAAUGACUCUGCCAAGCUGCUCAUGGAGAUGGACAAGCCCUGCCCAGCUGCUGCGUCUGGUUGCGACACCUUGCCUUCUGUCCCCAGCGUGGUGGCCAGUGUGGCCCCAGCUCCUGCUGUAAGCAGCUCGGGGGCGGUCAGUGCCUUUCAGCGGCGUGUGGAUGGCAAGAAGAAUACCAAGAAACGCCACUCCUUCACUGCGCUUGGUGUGACACACAGGUCCUCGCAGGCUGCCAGCCACAGGCAUUCCAUGGAAAUCAGCGCCCCGGUUUUGAUCAGCUCCAGCGAUCCCCGUGCUGCGGCCAGGAUUGGGGACCUUGCUCAUGUGUCGUGUGCUGUUCCUGCCCAGGACUCCCCUUCGACCGGAUCUGCCCCCACGGCCGUCCCACGAGCUGGCACAGCGGCUGCAGAGCAGGGCACGUUUCCCAAAGCCCAGCUGCCCCUCAACGUGUACCUGGCGCUCUAUGCCUACAAGCCUCAGAAGAACGACGAGCUGGAGCUGCGCAAGGGCGAGAUGUACCGGGUCCUGGAGAAGUGUCAGGACGGCUGGUUCAAGGGCGCGUCCCUGAAGACCGGGUUUUCUGGGGUGUUCCCAGGAAACUAUGUGACUCCCGUCUCCAGGGUUCCUGUAGGAGGAGCUGGGCCACCCCGCAAUUCUGUGGCUGGAGGGUCUCCUCUGGCUAAAGGGGUGACCACGACCAUGCACCCAGGCGGGGGAAGUCUGAGUAGCCCGGCCACAGCCUCCAGGCCCGCCCUGCCCCUCGCUCCUCAGGCCCACGCCCAGCACCCAGCAACAUCUCCACAGAUGGGCAGCUGUCUGUGGCACUCGGCCCAGCCGGUCGCCAGCCAAGCCCGGAGCCCCAUCUCAGCAGCCACCCACCCCUUAGCCCAGGCUCAGGACCGACCAACUGCUACCGUGUCGCCCCUGCACACUCAGAACUCUCCGUCCCGCCUGCCCGCCACCAGCCUCAGGCCCCACUCCGUGGUGUCCCCCCAGCACGUUCAACAGCCCCCGCUGCAGUUGGGCCCCCGGCCAGCCAUCCCGCUCACAUCAGCAGCAUCAGCCAUCACGCCUCCCAAUGUUAGUGCCGCCAACCUCAACGGGGACGCCGGAGGAGGGCCCAGUGGUGGCCUGUCCACAUCCAGCCCCACCAACACAGGAUGCAAGCCAGACGAGAAGAAAAACGAAAAGAAAGAGAAGAAGGGCGGGCUGCUGAAACUCCUGGCCGGGGCAUCCACCAAGAAGAAGCCACACUCCCCGCCAGCUGUCUCUCCGACCCACGACCCCCAGGUGGUGGUGGAUGCCUUGCUGCAGGGCGCAGUGGGCCACGAAGUGUCCUUGCUGUCCGUCCACGGCAGGGCAGGGUCCUGCCCCAUAGAGAGCGAGAUGCAGGGGGCGAUGGGACUGGAGCCGCUGCACAGAAAGGCGGGCUCCUUGGAUCUGAACUUUUCGUCCCCUGCCCGGUAUGCACCUCUUUCCAUGGCUGCCAUCCGCCCUGAACCCAAGCCACUGCCCAGAGAGAGGUACCGCGUGGUGGUCUCCUACCCACCCCAGAGCGAGGCAGAGAUUGAACUGAAGGAAGGCGACAUUGUCUUUGUGCACAAGAAACGCGAGGACGGCUGGUACAAGGGGACCUUGCAGCGGAACGGCCGCACUGGCCUCUUUCCAGGCAGCUUCGUGGAGAGCUUCUGAGGACCAGCGCAGUCUGCACCCGGCUCACCUAUGGCACAAGGACCGGGAGCCACGGCCGCCCUGAGAGUCCCAGGUCCUUUCCAAGAUGCCUGGUGCGGAACACCCUUGACUGGGGUGGGGGCUGGGGACUGUGGUGUUCGUGCCUUUGCCCAAAACACCCCCAACUGAGGGCAAACCCUGGGGUGGUUCUUCGACGAGAUGCCCGCCCCUCUGUAUGAACUGUAAAGAAAGCACCUUGUCAGAGAGAAGAGGCCCGCACAGGCAGCUGUGUUACUGUGACUGACAGCUAAGUGGCCGGCCCUUUUUGGCUGCCUGUGAAAGGCUGGAGUCGCGGGAGGGCUGCAGAGCUGGACGGUGGGCGUGGGGCCAAGAGC